AUAGGGAUAGUCGUUCAUUAUACAUACAUAUCCUCCUGAUAUUUAUACUCCUUGACCCUAGUCGGCCCUUUCACAUUACUUCAGCGGCGAGCAAGGCUAGACUAUUUAUUAAUCUAUCAGCCCCGUCAUGAAUGGUUACAAGACACGACCUUCACACGAACAGCAUUAUAACCAUACAAGCGAAUCCACCUCAAUGGCGACUGUUUACGAGACCACACCAACUGCUGAGCUUCCAUAUCAUUCACCCGGGCCGUACAAUGUGCUACAGCCUUACAACUCAUAUUCCUCCCAUUUACCGCCGUAUUUUGAGCCUCAAGCUUCCAUGGGACUUCAAUCUCCUGACAUGCACACGGUCCCGUCUUUACGCCAUGACCACCAACAUCUGAGUCAACAUCACCAUCCUUACAGGCAAACUAACACAUACUCCGGAUAUCCUGUAGACGUGCAGUCGUCGCGCUUUGGUUCGGUACGGGGCGUACCGGAGAGUGAAAUCGAGUGCCAGGACUCGAUAAAUGAACAUACAAUGUUGUCAGAGCGUAUCAAUCCACCACUGGAGGGAUUUCCGCAGGUUGAGGACUUUGAUAAGCUCAUGGAGAAUUAUGUCAAUGAACUCUCGGUAAAGAAGCAGGAUAAGGCCCUGAUCAAUGCUAAAAGAGCCCAUCAAAUCCGCAUUGUCCUCACGGACCCGAAGGAUACGACUGUGGGAUCAGCCCAGUUUAGGUUUUGGGUGAAGAAGAUGUUCAAGCUUGAGCCAGCUGAUAGUCGUAUUCCCAUGAACAGGAAGUGGAUAUGUCAUGAAGGGAAACCAGUCGCCAUUCGAGAAAAGCUGUUCAAGAUAUUGACCCGAGCACAUCAACAGUGCCAACACGGAGGUCGCGAUAAGACGUCAGGCCAAGUGCGUCAAAUAUAUUCUUGGGUACCCAAAGAACUCAUAUCCCGCUUUGUCAAAUUGUGCCCAACUUGUCAAGUGCGUCGUGGAGGAUCACACCUUUCACCUCCAGAUUCGAGGCGAAACUCACCCCCCUUGGAACUCAGUAGAGUCCAACCACCACAGUCACCGUUAGCAUACAUGCGACAACCCGUACCACCGAUGGCAUCGUAUGACGAAUACCGGCGGAACUCCUCGUCUUCCUCCUCUUACGGGUAUUCAGACAGCAGGAACCGGGAAUGGGGAACAUAUUCGUCCCCGGCCUCGCGUCAUAGUGAGAUGACAUGGUCAUCCCCCUCUUCUCAUCAUCAGCAUCAGCAUCAUAACAGUCGUCAGCAUGCUCACUCAGAGGUCGCCGAGGGAGGUAGCCCUAAUGGAAGGAAUAGCAUGAAACUUAUGAACAUGCAUCUUGAUACCACAUCAUCUCCACCUUCGAGGUCAGUGUCCGGAGAAAUCCAGCCUUCUCAGGCGCAGUAUCUUUCGGGAUACGUAACCACACACUCGAAUAGUCGCUAUCGACCUAGCUAUUGACGGCUUGCUUGUGUAAAAUCCCUGUACACAUGUGUGUUUUUUCUAUAUCAGAAGAAUGUGCUACUGAAGACUGUUUUCUUUUGGGGGUUCAUUGUUGUGUUCUACUGGAAUUGGAAGGGGUUAGGGUUAUGAUCUAAGAUAUUUAUUGUUACCGUAUGAUAACAUUCUUGUGCCCUGGAAAAAAGUAUUGUAUUUGAUCAAGGAACGAGGCGGAUUGUUAAAGAUCAAAGAAUUGAGUUGGAGCUUGCUGCUGCUAUGUGAUCAG